AUGGGCUUGUUCCUUAGGAAUUUAAAGCCCAUUUGCUUGGAAUUGAUUUGGGCCAUGGCUAUGACACCCGGAGGAGUGGAUGUGGCAAUGGUGAGCAUUCGAAGACGCAAACUUAUAGGACGUCCUACUGGAAGAAGUUCAUCUUCAGCUCCACUUCCUAGUAUUCCUGAUGGCCGAGUUCCUAAAUAUCCUGAGCACGGUGGCAAACCUGUCAAUGCGCGUCAUAUACCCUCAGUUGCUCUCAACCAACCUGUUGAAGUGAAAGAAGGAAAGGCCACUAUUACAAACCCACCAGCAAAGAAACCAAAAUUACAUGUCCAAAUUGAUCCGGAGAACCCCAUGGAAGUGCAUGCAUACCUAAUGCAGCUGAAGGAAGAUAACAAAUUGGAACCUGGACCAAUGCAAAGAAGUGAAAAAAUGCCAGUAAAGGAGUUGAUGGAGAAGUGUUAUCCCCAUAUUUUUAGAGUCUUCCCUCAAGAUCCAAAGGUAAUUUUUGAAUUUCCUAACAAAUCAGAGCAAAAUGAAUUCUUAUAUUGCCAGUAUUGGCUUUUUCUCUUUGAGGUGAGGGACAUAGUUUCCAUAGACAAAAGUGUCCCACCCGAACAUGUGGAGUCAUUAGUAAAGGUGAUAAAAAAUUUGGAGAAGCAAGGUUUUGACUGUAGAUUCUUAAGGUCAGAAUUGGUAGUGGUAGGGUACAAGAUGAAAAAGCAGCUAGAAAUUACAUUGGCAGAGAAGAGUGUGAUCUCAACAAGAGCAAUAAAUCUGGAGAGAGAAUUGCAAGCUGCAGCAAGAAGGAAGGACAAGGAAGCAGAAUUGGAUAUGAAAGGGAAUCAGCUAGAAGGAAUGACCCCAGAAAUUGAAACACAGUCGAAGCGGCAACAGGACCAAUAUAAUAGGCUGGGAGAGAUGAAUAAGCUUCCUUGUGCAGCUUUAGAGCAAGAGUUUGUUCAAGUAAUUCUAGAACACCACAAGAAGUUGCUAGAAUGCAAGGAAGAAGAAGAGAGAAGACUAGGUCGAAUUCUGGAGAAAAUUAACCAACUUCUCUAA